AUGUCUAAAGUCAAGUACAUAGCCGAAGGAGGAUCAUCAAACAAACCACCACUUUUUGAUGGCUCAAACUACUACUUCUGGAAAGUACCCCUAACUACCAAUGUUCCUACACUUGCUGACUUUGGUUACUUCAAAGAUCUCCCUGAAAUUCUAUACCGUAUUCUCCAAGGUUCUGGAAUUCGUGAAAUCCAGAAAGAAGAGUGGAAUGAAAGGAAAUCUGGAUCCAAUAAGCGCUUGCAACCAUCAAACCCUUUUGCUCUAAGAACAAGAAUAAAUAAAAAACAACGCCACAACCACAGGGAGCACAAAGGUGCGUGGAAACUCACUGACAAAGACUCUUUGAUGACUGAAGAGGUGGCGGCGAGGGCUAAGGCUCAGAAACAAACCGCUCAUGUUUUGAAGGAAGAGAAGAGGAUUGCCUUGGCUAAGAAGCUUGUUGAUCGUUACACUACCGACCCUCAUUUUAAGUUUCUUCAUGAUUCUAUCUCUGAUCAUUUUGCUGAUUGUUUGAAGAAGGAUCUUCAGUUUUUGAAAUCUGGGUUGCCCAAUAAAAUCAGCCUUGCUGCUAAAUGGUGCCCUUCUGUUGACUCUUCCUUUGAUCGAUCGACUCUUCUGUGUGAGAGUAUUGCAAAGAGGAUCUUCCCUCGGGAGGAAUAUGAAGGUGUGGAGGAGGCACAUUAUGCUUAUAGGGUUCGUGAUCGUUUGAGGAAAGAUGUGUUGGUGCCGUUGAGGAAGGUGUUGGAGUUGCCUGAGGUGUUUAUUGGUGCUAAUCAAUGGGGUUUGAUUCCUUACAAUAGAGUUGCUUCUGUGGCGAUGAAGUUUUAUAAGGAAAAGUUUUUGAAGCAUGAUAAGGAGAGGUUUGAGAAGUACUUGAAGGAUGUGAAGGCAGGAAAGACUACUAUUGCUGCUGGUGCUUUGCUUCCUCACCAGAUUAUAGAGUCUUUGGGGGAUGGAGAUGGUGGAGAAGUUGCUGAGUUGCAGUGGAAGAGAAUUGUUGAUGAUUUGCUCAAGAAAGGAAAGAUGAAAAAUUGUCUUGCAGUGUGUGAUGUUUCUGGGAGCAUGUCUGGGACUCCUAUGGAGGUGUCUUUGGCAUUGGGGUUGUUGGUGUCUGAAUUGAGUGAUGAGCCUUGGAAAGGGAAAGUUAUUACUUUCAGCGAGGAGCCUCAGCUUCAUGUAAUUAAGGGGGAUAAUCUCAAGUCCAAGACACAGUUUGUGAGGGAUAUGGAUUGGGGGAUGAACACUGAUUUCCAGAAGGUGUUUGAUCGCAUAUUGGAGGUGGCUGUUAAUGGGAAUCUCAAGGAGGAUCAGAUGAUUAAAAGGAUCUUCGUUUUCAGUGACAUGGAGUUUGAUGAAGCGUCUGUGAACCCUUGGGAGACCGAUUACCAAGCAAUCACUAGGAAGUAUAGCGAGAAAGGGUAUGGUUCUGUUGUGCCUCAGAUAGUUUUUUGGAAUCUGAGAGACUCGAGGGCCACCCCAGUGCGUGCUACUCAGAAAGGAGUUGCGCUGGUGAGUGGUUUCUCUAAGAAUCUGCUGACACUGUUCUUAGAUAAUGAAGGUGAAAUAAGCCCUGAAGAAGCCAUGGAAGCUGCCAUUGCUGGCCCUGAGUAUCAGAAACUAGUUGUGCUGGAUUGAUUUUCUUUUGUACUUUUUAGUGUUUUAUUUAGUGCAACAACUUCAGCAAUGCCAUAGCUCAAUGUUCCUGUAACUUUGUAUCCGUUGGAGUCACACAAAUGAGUAAAAAAUUUGGUAUUGAAUGAAAAUCAGCAAAACUUACAUACAGUUUCUUA